ACAGCAGCCAUAGUGAGUUGGCUCAGCCAUCGUUGACCAUCCAGACGUACCCAUACGGGGGCUGUGAGUCAGUAGAGAUGUCCUACCAAGCAGGCCAGUUCCAGCCAGCCAUCCGUGUAGCCGACCUCCUCCAGCACAUCACCCAGAUGAAGUGUGGCCAGGGCUACGGCUUCAAGGAAGAGUAUGAGGGUCUGACGGAAGGACAGGCGGCCCCAUGGGAGACUGCCAAGAAGGAUGAGAACCGCAACAAGAACCGAUAUGGCAACAUCAUCGCUUAUGACCACACUCGUGUCAGACUGCAACUGCUAGAUGGAGACCCCCACUCGGACUACAUGAAUGCCAACUACAUCGACGGGUAUCAUAGACCAAGACAUUACAUCGCCACACAAGGCCCCAUGCAGGAGACGGUGAGAGAUUUCUGGAGGAUGAUCUGGCAAGAGAAUUCUGGCAGUAUCGUCAUGGUUACGAACCUGGUGGAAGUGGGCAGGGUGAAGUGCGUGAGGUACUGGCCUGACGAGACUGAUGUGUACGGAGAUAUCAAGGUGACACUGAUCGAGACAGAGCCACUGGCCGAGUACGUCAUUCGCACCUUCACAGUCCAGAAGAAGGGCCACCACGAGAUUCGGGAGAUCCGUCAAUUCCACUUCACUAGCUGGCCUGACCACGGGGUGCCCUGCUACGCCACCGGCCUCCUAGGCUUCGUUCGCCAGGUCAAGUUCCUCAACCCUCCCGACGCCGGCCCCAUCGUGGCCCACUGCAGUGCCGGGGCUGGAAGGACAGGCUGUUUCAUAGCUGUGGACAUUAUGCUGGAUAUGGCCGAGAACGAGGGUGUGGUGGACAUCUUCAACUGCAUCCGCGAACUGCGCUCACAAAGGGUUAACAUGGUGCAAACCGAGGAGCAGUAUGUCUUUGUCCACGAUGCCAUCCUGGAAGCCUGCCUGUGUGGAAACACAGCCAUCCCAGUCUGUGAAUUCAGAGCCAUAUACUACAACAUUAUCAGACUGGACCCACAGACCAACUCUAGCCAAAUUAAGGAUGAGUUUCAGACUCUGAACAUCGUGACUCCCCGGGUGAGGCCUGAAGACUGUAGCGUGGGACUGCUCCCCCGGAACCACGACAAGAACCGCAGCAUGGACGUCCUGUCUGUGGAUCGCUGCCUGCCUUUCCUCAUCUCUGUGGAUGGAGAGUCCAGUAACUACAUCAACGCUGCCCUCAUGGAUAGCCAUAAACAGCCAGCAGCCUUCAUCGUAACCCAGCACCCGCUGCCCAACACGGCCGCCGACUUCUGGAGGCUGGUCUUCGACUACAACUGCUCCUCGAUAGUCAUGCUCAACGAGAUGGAUGCAGCGCAGCUUUGCAUGCAGUACUGGCCCGAGAAGAGCUCCUGCUGCUACGGCCCCGUCCAGGUGGAGUUCAUCUCAGCCGACAUCGAUGAAGACAUCAUCAAUCGCAUCUUCAGGAUCUGCAACAUGGCCAGGCCCCAGGAUGGCUACCGUUUGGUGCAGCAUUUCCAGUUCAUCGGCUGGCCGGCCUAUCGGGACACACCCCUGUCCAAGCGCUCCAUCUUGCAGCUGGUGAGACGUCUGGCCAAGUGGCAGGAGCAGUACGACGGGGGAGACGGACGCACCGUGGUCCACUGCCUGAUGGGUGGUGGACGUAGCGGUACCUUCUGUGCCAUCUGCAGCAUCAGUGAGAUGAUCCAGCAACAGAACAUUGUAGAUGUGUUCCACACCGUCAAGACCCUGAGGAACAACAAAUCCAACAUGGUGGAGACUAUGGAACAGUACAAGUUCUGCUAUGAAGUUGCUCUGGAGGCCCUUAGCUCAUUCUGAGAGAGCAACGCUGCCUCUCGUGUCUGUGGGACACAGUGCUGACACUGCAGAGACACCAACCCAUACGAGGCAGCGGAUGUGUGUGUGACCACACACACACACGUGAGAAACUCUAUACUGAAGAAAAAACGCCCUCCACACUGGGGUUAUGUGUGCGCUUUUGCAAGACCGGGACCCCUUUCGCUUGUGUAAAGAAAAAAUGGAAUGAAAACCUUUAAACACAGCUUUCCUCUUUCUUCAAUGUCCAUCUUGGACUGUGAUGUGAUCUUGUACAGUCAUUUCCUUUUUAGAUAUAUGCCUUGAAUUUUAUUCCCUCAGUGUAAAAAUACAAACCAAGAAAAUAAACCGACAUGGCUUCCGCUGAUGGGGAUAAAAAAAACACACACAAAAACAACACAAUCAGAUUAACAAACACAACAGAUACCACCGUACAGACGAAGACAAAUGCAAGAUGCGAAGAUUUGAACUCUACCUGGCUUUGCAUCUCUUUUUAAAGAAUAUUAAUAACGACUGUAUUAUAUAUUUACCCCCUGUUUUAACGGACACAAAAUGGCAGAUAUUUUUUGUAAUUCUUUGGAUUUUGUGGUUCCUGCAACUCCUUUACAUCCAUGUGCACACGCUGGUUCUCACAUUCGCAAAGUGGCAUUUUCUGUCAAUGGCUUGGUUUCUUUUGGUGUUGUGGCAUGUUCUCAUCCUGUUGUCCCAUGGCUCUUGUGCUGUGCAGACAAUCAUGAAUUAUUCUGGGCCUGGUUUUCAAAAGCAUCUUAAGGCUGAGAUGUGUUUGGGAAUCCGGGCCCUGGUUUGCUGCAAUGAAAAUGAGAGAAGAGUCAGUCAACACUUUAGCAUUCUAUGCUGGCUCUACACAGUAUUCAUCUAAACGUAUUUUACAUUCAUGUGUUUUGUCAUUUGCACUGUAUUUUGCACUGCUUUGCCUUCAAUCCCAUUUUAAAAUGGUCUCGUGUAGGGGAGGCUAGGGGCAAUCGUAACAGGGAGCAAUUGUAAUACAUUGCAUUUCUCCAAACAGAAACAAGCUGGAGUGAUGAAACACACACAGUACAUUUAUGUUAUGUCUGCUUGAAAAGUUACAGCCAGAUAUCUCACUAUAUUAACUUUUAAAUGGGCAAAUGUUUGUUUUUCAGGGAUGAAAGUCGUUUUUUCCACCAGUUGUAUUUUUAUUAUACUGCCCUUAGCAUUAGUGUCCAAUAAUUCAAACUAUCAUCAUUUUCAUCACUAUAUGUUGACUAAACAUUGAUAUGAAUGACAUGUCACUAUUGUUGUCUCUUACUAGGCACAUGCGGUUUUGUCAUGGCUGCUGGGUUGGGGGCAAUUGCCAAUUGUAAUUCAGUGUUAAAAUGACCCUGAGCCAAGCAGUCAAAUUAUGAAAACAAGUGAUUUUAACUUUAAGAUUGUAUGAGUUAUACAAAUAACUUUAAAUAGCCGUGGGGUCCUGCAGAGUGCCACAGAAAUUGUAAACGGAUAUAAUCUGGAAACCGUCAUGUUAUUCAGAUAUUUUGAGAGGAACCAAAUGGCCAUGCACAAACACGGGUGUUACUGUAAUUAUUGGUUACAUACAUAGAAAUAUGAAUACUUAUUGAAAAAUCAUUACUUACGUCUAUGAUAAUAUGAUAACUUAAAAAACAUUCAUGUUUAUGAAUUAAGUUAAUUUAUUUUGUUUAUUUUUUAGGUGUUACAUUUGACCCCAGCUACUGUUACAAUUGCCCUUGACACAGGGCAAAAGUAAUGUCUGGACCUUUUGGAUUUCAAUCAAUAUUGUGAUCUGACAGUCAUAUGUACAGACAUAUAAAUGUUAUGAAUGAUUCGGACACAGAUGUAAGUUUCUAAUAUAAAUAAAAAUGAUUGGCUUAGUUCGAGUGGUCUCUGAGCAAAAGAGUAAAAUGCAAACAUUUUUACAAUUGCGCCAGUCUCCCUUAAUUCGGUCGAUAGUGCCAUACUCACAUCUUUAAACAUAUACAAUUUUAACGAAAUUGUUCAGAAACAUAUCAGCCUAGGGAUAGAGUGGGACAACAUUCUAUUAAUGUGCACCUCAAGCUUGUCAAGCACCGUAGCAGCCCCCACCCUACUGUUUCCCAGUCUCAGGAUUUGGAUAAGAAGACUACUUUGUUUUUCAUCCCUGUCCAUUCUGCGCUCAUAUUCUACUUUAUAAGAGCAGUUUGGCUUAUUGUGAGGCUGUCCUAAUAUGGACACCGUAACCGUGUCCUGCCAUUUACUCUCCGCCCAUGCAUCUUAUGCAUACUGUUUGGAGAACUUCGGAUUGUCUUCAUCCUCACUAGACAUGGAAACAGAAUCCAUCUGAGAUUGUGAAUCCAACUCUUGACUGAGGGCGGGAUUCAAUUAGAGCGCUCUAGUCGACAAUGCUACCUUUGAAGGCAGCGUUUGCAGCAUUUGCGGAAAUCGUAUUCAAGGAAAAUGCUGCAGAUGGCUCAAUUGGAAACUAACUUUAAAUGUCAAGCUUGCUAUAGAGCGUUUCGGAUUGAAUCCCGGCCUGGGAUUUUUGCACGGGUUUUCUGUCCAUUGAACAGUUUUAGUACAGGAUUGUACAGGGCUUUGUCAGAAGAAUGUUUUGCUGAACAUGGACAGUGACUUACAGUAUGAGGUGUAGAAGAUGUAUUGUGUCAACACACAGCAUAGUUGUAUUAUUAACAUGCAGCCGUUUGGUGACUGGAACACAAAGAGAAACAGUGUUGGAAUUCUAAUGAAGAGAGGUCAAUGUCAAUGCAAGUUGUUUGUUUUGCUUUUCAUAUUUCCACUGUCUAUAUUAUAUUUCGUUUUUCCUAUUUUUUUUUCUCUUGAAUUUGUUCAAAUAAAAUGUUGUCUAGCAAAGUGAUAUUUAGAUCUGGUGAUGAAAUUGCCAUGGUUGUUUUGUUGUUUAAAAAUGUGGUUACAUCAAAUAAAGGGACCAAAAUGUU